AUGGUAUCUGAGACUGGGCAAUGCCUUAUUGAAAGUUCCCACUGCGGAAUAACCACUCAGCUGAUCCUGCAGAUAUUUUUCACAUUUGGUUCACAUCCUCCCUUCUCAGUGGUUGCCUACAACCCUGGAGAAGACCAGAAGCCCUACCUGGACAAGUAUCUGAGGAGGUAUGCUGCCUUGGGGGAUCUGUGCUGCCAAGAGGAGGAGUUACAGGAGGAAGUGAGCAGGCUGUGCAGCAUCAGGGAAGAGGAAAGGGAGAUAGACGGGAUCUUCUCUGAGACUCAACAGCUUGAAGAGCCACCACCCCCAGAGAAGCUGGCAGUGUCCACCCCUAAUAUGAAGGUGCUCACUCUCAUCACGACCCGGCAAGGCCCUGCAAGCUGGCUCGCCCCAGAAGGAGCCAUUGCCGUGUCCUGGGUGCUCGUGCGUCUUGUUGAGGAUGGAGGCACGCAGCAGCCCCUUGGGUUGGUCUUCAGUCUGGCGGUAGUUGUGGGCUCCCUCCAGAGACGCCUCAGCACAGGCAUCUCCACCCUGAAAGAAGUCAUCACCUUGAAAAUGAAGAGGCUCUUCACGAUCCUGAUCUUGAUGACCCUAGGGGCUCUUGGUCAGUAUUCGCCUCCUACCAGCGGAGGCACAGAGGCACGGAGUGCGAGCUUCAGUGUGAGGGAGUGGAGCUGCUCACGCCUGCUGCGGGACCUUGAUGCUGAUGUGGACGCUGUGGACAAAGGAUGUACCACAGGCUUGGAGGCUCCGGGAGGGGCUGGGCAGCUCUCUGACAAGAUCUGCUUUCCCGGUGUCUGCAGGAACACGCUCGCUCUGUGGGGGGAACAAUCGCAACAGACGCAACAGCUGAGGGAUGAGGUGGCACACCUGGCUGCAGAGAUCGGCACUAUGAAGAAGGAAGUUCAGCAAAUGAGAGAGGCAGUGUCUGCAACCACACAGAUGUCUGACUGGGCUCUGAAAAGUGCAGGGGCUGCCAUCGACCUGCACAGAUCAUCCAGCAGCUCUGCAUGGCUCUGCAGGGUGUUUUGGUUCCUGUGUGCUCCACCUCUUCUGGAUACCUUUGUGCAGACGGAUGCUUCCCCGGGAUAUUGCUGGCCUUUCCAAGGGUCUCGGAGUGAGGUGCUAAUCCGGUUGCCUGCACAAGUAUGACCAACGGCCGUCACCAUACAGCACACCUCCAAGAUAGCCUCUCCGCUGGGGACUGUCAGUAGCGCCCCCCGAGAUUUCACGGUCUCAGGACUGGAUGAGGAAGGCAAGGAUGAAACUCUGCUGGGGACAUUCACCUACACCGCGCAUAAAGAGCCCACCCAGACCUUCCCUCUGCAGAAUGGGAACCCCAGAGCCUUUCGGUUUUUGAAACUUGGCAUACAGAGCAACUGGGGAAAACCAGGAUACACUUGCAUUUAUCGCGUGCAGGUGCAUGGGAAGAUCGUGGGAUCGAGUGCCAUCAGCCAGACAUGUGUGGAGACCCUCCCUCACUAA